AGAUUUGACAGAUGGACAACGUGAGUGAAUUGCAACCUUGCUUUCUUUGCAAUGGGAAGAAAACAUGAGUGAAUUGCACUCUUGCUUUCUUUGCAAUAGGAAGAAAACAUGAGUGAAUUGCAACCUUGCUUUCUUUGCAAUAGGAAGAAAACAUGUGUGAAUUGCAACCUUGCUUUCUUUGCAAUAGGAAGAAACAAAGAAAUCCCGCAAUCAUUUUUCAUCGCUUCCCCAAAUAUGAAGAUAGGUGUUACAAAUGGAUUAGCAGUCUUCAAGAUCAUCCAGAUGGCAAAUAUUUGAAGAAUAUAAGUCCACCACAAUUGAAUAAAACCUACAGGAUCUGCAGCUCUCAUUUUUCUUUGAAAAACUACCAAGGAAAUAAACUAUUAAAGGUUGCCAUCCCAGAUCAAAAUAUGUGUGAAGAAGCAUCAGGAAGCUGCACAAUGGGAAAUGAUUCUGGGAGUGAUGGCAACAGCUCAUGGAACACAUUUUACUUUGGAAUACCAUCAGACUUACCAGGCCACUCAUCAGAAGAGGAAAUAAGUGUAACAUCAAACAAUUAUGAAAAGGUUCAACCAUCUAUACCUCCUUGUCCAGAAUUCAGACCCUGAUGGAAAUCCUGACCUCCAAACAAAUUCGAGAAAGAGGAAAGGUAAAACUUCAUCAAAAUUACUUCACGGGUAUAGGACAAGAGUGAAAAGACUUCUCAGGAAAGUAGAUGUGUUAAAGCAAGGUGCACUUUUCAACAAAAAACAAUGUUUUACCAUCAGAGAUUAUCGAUAUGGCAUCAAAGUACUUGAACAACUAUGCUUAGUUUUUUCAAAGCACAAUUACAAUAUUCACACAUUACAGAUGAAGCAAGGCGGUACUCUUAUGAACAGA